UUACCACUAUUGCGCCAUCUAGCGGUCAGUUUGUAACUUUGCACCGUCACAUGACAGGUUAUAAGAAUUACAUCCGGUGCAACAAUUAGUUGGGUCAAACGGAGAGGUUUUGCACUUUGUAGACAUCAUGUUAUUACGAAAUGUGUUACAGUGUUGUGGAGCUGCUCUGAAGAGCCAGCGGUUAUUUCAUCAGACUUCUGCGUGGAGAAAUCCGCUCAUCCCCAUCGUUGUAGAACAGACAGGUCGAGGUGAACGAGCAUAUGAUAUCUACUCACGCCUUUUGAGAGAAAGAAUAAUCUGCCUCAUGGGUCCAAUCGAUGACUCGCUGGCAAGUCUGGUGAUCGCACAACUGCUUUUCCUUCAGUCAGAGAGCAACAAUAAGCCUAUUCACAUGUACAUCAACAGUCCUGGUGGUGUGGUUACAGCGGGGCUGGCAAUCUACGACACUAUGCAGUACAUCCUCAACCCCAUCUCUACGUGGUGUGUAGGCCAGGCUGCUAGCAUGGGCAGCUUACUGCUGGCUGCAGGCACUGCAGGGAUGAGGCACUCGCUGCCAAACGCCCGCAUAAUGGUGCACCAGCUUUCUGGAGGGGCCAAGGGUCAAGCAACGGACAUCGCCAUUCAGGCUGAGGAGAUUCUCAAGCUUAAGAGACAGAUUAACAACAUCUACUGUAAACAUACAGGACAACCUUUGGAAACUAUAGAGAACGUGAUGGAGAGAGACCGAUACAUGAGUCCCAUGGAGGCACAAGACUUUGGAAUCAUUGACAGAGUCCUGGUCCACCCUCCUCAGGCUGGGCAGGAUGAGCCAGAGCUGGUCCAGAAAGAACCAACCACCUCAGCCAGCCCCUCUGCCUCCUCUGAACCCUCAGUCUCAGAAUUGUCACAGUCUGGAGCCACUCCAGCCUCUUCUUACAAACCUGAACCAUGACAUAGGAUCAGUCAGUGAUCGGGCUUAGCCACUGGUACCGUCUCCUACAAUGCUCUAGUAUCCUUGUUCCUCUCUGAUAUUCAAACCUGAGCCCGUGUUGUGUGUAUCACACUACUGAGCAAGCCUCAUCCACAGACAGUAAAGACUGUUAAACACAUUCUGGACAAUUAUAUAACAAUGAGACUUUGUCAUACUCACAUGUGAUGUAAAAAAAGUCUGGUGAUUUUUCUAAACCAGGAUAACCAAUAAAAAAAACCCACCUAAA